AUGAAUAAACAAGAUGCCGGCAAUGAACCACAUUACCCCCACUCCCACCACCACCACCACCACCAAAGUCUCUCCUCAGUAGCUACUUCUUCAAGAUUAUCAUCACGACAAAUUGAAUCAAUAGCGGGACUUUGUGCUGGGUUCACAACCACAAUCAUUACUCACCCCCUCGACAUAAUCAAAAUACGACUCCAAUUAUCACAUGCUUCUAAAGAAAGCCACAGUAACAAGACAAUACAAACAAAUAAGAGACCAUUCCAAUCGGUAUUCAAUGUCAUACGACAGAUUAAUCAAGACGCAACGUUGCUGUCGAUGCCAUACUAUUUAAAAUUAGGUACACGCAAGCAUUUCCCCCUUGGCAUCAAUUAUUUGGUUCAGUAUUACCGUGGGUUGCUGCCUAAUUUGAUUGGUAAUAUAUCGGCAUGGGGUUGUUAUUUUGCUCUUUACGCCGAAUUCAAAAAUCACAUACAUACUCCGAAUUUAACCCUAAAUUACUUUGCUAGUUCGUCAUUGGCAGGGGUCGUGACGUCAAUUUUGACUAACCCCAUUUGGGUUCUAAAGACACGUAUAAUAGCCAAGCCGACAAAUGAACAAGGUGCAUAUAAGUCAUUGUUUGAUGGGAUACGAACCAUGGUUCAUAACGAAGGCAUUGGCAGUUUUUGGAAAGGAUCCAUACCUAGUAUGUUUCAGGUAUUACAGGCUAGUUUACAAAUUACCAUUUAUGAUCAUCUAAAGAAUUAUAUUUUCAAGCAUCGUGUAGUAAAUGGUGAGCAAACUACACCUACUAACACCACCAACACCACCACCACCACCACAACAACAACUACAGCGGCAACUGCAACUGCGACUGCGACUGCGACUGCUCCUCGACAUUUAUCAACAACACAAUACUUAUACACUUCAGCAUUAUCGAAAAUAAUCAGUACUUUGGUAAUGUACCCUACCCAAGUUGUCAAAUCACGAUUACAAAAUAGUCAAAAGUCUCAUACAUCUAUAAUGCAGGUGAUUCAAACUUUGUAUUUCAAUGAAGGUGGAAUAACGGCAUUCUAUAAAGGAUUGAGUGCCAAUAUCAUUAGAGUUGUUCCUGCCACUUGUAUUACUUUUGUUGUUUAUGAACAUGUGAAACGAAUUUUAAUAGAGUGA